UGAUUGCUUAAUGUAUGGUUUUUAAUUUUUUAUUAUUAUAUGGUCUUGGCCCAAAGAUUAAUUUAUAUUUUUGGUAAUUCGUUUAAAGUUGUGGAAAUUAUCGAAUUGCUUGAUACGUGUAGUGCCUUGUUGCUUGUAAACUAACACUUCUCGUCGUAAAUAGUCAGUCAGCGAGGGUUGGGAACGAAAAUUGUUGUGAUCUCGAAUUUCAACUGUAGGGGUGGAAUCGAAUUAUAUUUUUUUAUAAUUUUUCAUCUUUGAUUUUGAAAUUGACUUUAUUGGAGCUCAAUGCAGAAUCACGUAUUUGAUACCGUUUUUCUCGUUUGAAAUCGCGUUUGAAACGGGUUUUCUCUAUGCAAUUUAAAAGAAGGUAGAAGACAAAAUAGGGUUCUGUGCCAGUUGGAUCGGGGGCAACCUUGAUCCAAUCGGUCCAUUAGGUGGACACCGAAGAAAUAAAAUCAAGCCAAGAGCGAGAAAUAAUCUCCAUAGAAUCACCUUCGCCUUACAGACGAAGAUUUUCACAGCGUUUGCAAGCAAGAAAACAAAGUUGAAAAUUUCUACAGUGGAGCUCCUUAACGAGUAGCCACACCUUUAAGUCUCGUCGAUCCGUGUGCUUUUAACCUUAUCCAAGUCAAGGAGACGGAUCCAACCCAUUCGACAACCGAAAAGCAUCUGGAGAUCUCUGCGGGUGCAUAAACAGUAAAGGUAUUUGUUCUUUCGCGUUGUAGUUAUGCUACUUUUCGUCGUCGUUUUCCUCGUUCGACAUUUGAACUAGCGUCGUAGUGUAAUUAAAGAAAAUUUAAUGCUAUGGUACCCAAAAAAUGGGCUAUCGUAAUAUUCGCGUAAAUUAUGUUCCCGUCCCUCGAAUACGAAUACUUUAUAACGUGCAUACAUUAAGAAUUAUGUUAAUUCUGAACAGAUAUUAGUUCGCUCUCAAGAGAACCUAAUUCCAGGUAAAUUUUUCCGAUUAAGAGCACCAAUGUUGGUUACGUACCGCGAUAUUCGUUUUAACUUUUGUCACGAAAGCGUCGUGCAGUUUGUUCUUAUUUUGUGUUAUUUACUGCAUGAUUGCAGGUAGUAAUCUUUGCUUUUAUUUAUAUUUGUAUGCAACAUUUUAUAUUUUUUAUAAUUUUCAUCUUUGUUUUUGAAAUUGACUUUAUUUAAGCUCAAUGCAGAAUCACGCAUUUGAUACCGUUAACUUUUCUUGUUUGAAAUCUCGUUUGAAACGGCUUUUUCUAUACAAUUUAAAAGAAGCCAGAAGACAAAAUGGGGUACGUAUAAAUAUAAGUGUAAAUAGUGGGAAUAACGGGCAGCCUCGGACGCAGAAUCUAUGUGCCAGUUAGAUCGGACAACCUUGAUCCAAUCGGUCCAUUAGGUGGACACCGAAGAAAUAAAUGAAGCCAAGAGCGGGAAAUUAUCUCCAUAGAGCCACCUUCGCCUUGUAGACGAAGAUUAGAACCUAAUUCCAGGUAAAAUUUUCCGAUUAAGAGAUUCCACCCUGUAUAUAUACUUACAACCUAUGAUGAUACACACAUUACAUUUUCGAGAGAACCAACGUUGGUUACGUACCGCGAUCUUCGUUUUUACUUUUGUCACGAAAGCGUCGUGCAGUUUGUUAUUGUGUUAUUUCAUGCAUGAUUUCAUGUAGUAAUCUUUGCAUUUCUUUAUAUUUGUAUGCCACAUUUUAUACUUUUUAUAAUUUUCAAUUUUGUUUUUGAAAUUGUCAUGGAAAAUGCCGUUAACCUUUUGUUUGAAAUCGUUUACGUUUUUGGUGUAAGUGUUUGCUCAAUUUAUGUUUAUGUUUCGGUUACCUAGUCUUAGCGAUCCAAGUUAAAUUUGUAAACUUUGACCACUCUGUUAAACUUGCCGAAAUUUCGAAUUAUUAACACUUUUCGCCUUGAAGAGACAGUCAAGGUAAAUAACUGUAAUCACAUUAGUUACGACACCUGAUGCUGGGACUGUUCUCGACUCUCAACUAUAUAGGCUGGAAAUACUCUGCAACCAGGGCUCAUUAUUGCCUGUUUCAUGGGCGAAACGAACACAAAAAUUCUUAGGUUCAGAAUCUAUGCUUCUAAUUUCCACAUGUUGUGUUUUUAAAUGUUGAAUUUACCUUCCAAGGCUAUGUAAUUUUCCAUGUUGCUUGUACCCCAACCAGUUCUUUGUUUUGCAACUUGCAUUUUUUACAACUAACGUUAGGGGCUCUGCCUUAGAUCACGUGCCAUUUUUCGAGGAACAAAGAAGAGCUACUUGGAAAUAGAUAGGUACCAUUACAAACGUACAGGUUGUAACAACGUCAGGUAAAGACGUCAAAGGAAAUACAAUGCUCAAACAUAUCCCGUAUGUGCUUCUUGCUCUGGGUCAUAUUUGAAAGGUACGUCGGUACUACUACUAUACUAUUCAACUAGAGACCAAAAUCGUCCACUAGAAAGUCUUCGGCCAACAACGGAUGCAUUACUACAAGUAUUGCAUAGCUAGACACGUUUGGUGAUAUCCAAAUAAACGCACACUAUGCUUGCCAUCAGCAAAAAAUGGUGUUGGUGGUUGCGUAAUGAACCUUGGCAAUGGAAAUGGUUGGAGUGACCAGACAUUUUUGAAAUACUCUCUUAGGAGGAGGUUUUUUUAAAGGUUUUUUUUACUGAAUCACUUAAUGCUAUAUUUUUAUGAUUCAGAACUAAUUUAGGAUUAGGUAGAGCAUUUUAAUCUCGCUCGAAUUCUAUCGUAUAAUAUAAAAUGUGUCUUGGUAGGGAAAAUAUAAUUUUGGAUUAUGUUUUUCCGAGGGUUUUAUUCGAGGUUUUAUUGUAUCGACUCAAGGUCUUCAUUAAUCAAUUUACAUGCAUUAGUUGCUUUGUCUACAGAGGAAUUUGAGUGUGAGUAAAAGUUCGAUUUACAGUUUUCUUUAAAUUAUUAGAAAACGUGUUGAGUAAAAGUGGACCUAAUACAAACCCCUGCGAUACUCCUCUCCAGUUGUGAAGAAAACCAAUGUUUUCACGGUUCAGAGAAACUCACUGGCAAUUGCCUUGCGACUAAAACCAAUAAUGCAAUAGUGUCAAUAAUAGAGAGUGGUCAACUGUACCUAUAAAAUGCUUUAUUUUAAUCAUGAAGCGAGACAAAUUCUGUACAAUAAAAAAGUCUUAGUUUCACUACUUUUUUCUUCAUUGACAACAAGAGUCAAAAUAGAAACCUCUAAAGCGAAAUGAAAAUUACAACUUCUAGAAAAAAACUAUGCUCAAAAAGUAAUGGCUCUAUUCUCGGAAACCCAUUCGAACAUCUGUAGAUUUAGGAAGGUCGCUCGUAGUAAUGGUGACAAAAAAUGAAAUAUCCAUGGUUGUCCAGAACGUUUCAACACUAAAAAAAAAGAAAAUAACGAUAGUUAUAGUUCCCAAGACGACUACAGCCACUAUUGCAUUAUUAACUAGAUUUUCAUCAACACGAAUCGCCUCCUCUAUAAUUACCUCAAAAUUGAAAUUACGGUAAUUAUACGCCAGUUAUACAAUCUAAAUCCGUCAUGAUUUUUUUAAUUACUAUGUAUAAAUACCUCCACCCCCAUCCCCUAAACGUAAUCAUCAGAAUGUCGACCAAAAGUGAUGUAUAUUUCAGGCGCGAACUUCUAAUGCUGCGAUUAAUCGGCAUUUCGUUUGCGGACAACGAAAAAGUGUCUUAUAGGAUCUACGCGUUCUUUUGCAACGUUCUUCUGUUCGGUUAUCCGGUUAUCGCUUUCAGCGAUUUAUUUAAGCACGAGUUUGAUAUUGUCGCAGAUCUUUUGAUUUACGAGCUGGCCACGAUCAUGGUGUGCUGCGAGGCUUUCGUCGUCAUGUGGAACAGGCAGAAGCUGAAAGCUCUAUUUAGAAAGUUGGAAUGUGCGCCCUUUACUCCCAAUUUUGAGCGUGGAGGCGAAGUGGAAGAGAGCUUUUUGAAAGAUUUUUCGAUUGUGACUGGGAGGCAGGCCAACAUUUGCUGGGGAUCGGUUUUCAGUACCGUCGGAAUGUCGAUUGUGGCGACGAUAAUCAAAAGGGUCAGAAGUAGCGAUUACCGUGACUGGGAGUUUACGUAUGGUCCACUGACAGUUUUGGACGUUACGCGUAGCCCCUAUUUCGAGAUAACCUGGCUUUACCAAAUCACGUGCGUCCUGGUGAUCGGUCUCACCCACUGUUCGGUCAUAUUGAUUAUCUCUGAAAUAUUGGGCCACGCAAGCGUUCAGUUUAAGAUCCUGCAGAACAAUCUGAGCCAAGUUACUGAAAAUGCCCACAGAAUUAUGACGAAGAAAGUUCGAGGUGUGGCCGGCGACGAAGUUGAUGUUUCCAAAGUGCCUUGGAAGUAUCUCCAAAAGUCACUAAACGAAGCAAUCUCGUAUCACCUGAGCAUUCUCGAUGUUACAUCUGAAGUGGAGAAGACCAUUAAUAUGCUGACCUUGAUCAUUUUCCUGUUUUCAUUAGCAGUUACCUGUUUCCAAGUUUACCACGCGUCCAUCCUAUCUGCGUUUAACGUCCGGUUUCUUAAAUGCUUCACCGAUUCCUCUUCGGCAAUAUUUCCGGUGUUCAUCUUGUGCUUCUGGAGUCAUCAAGUGGCCCACGAAAGCGAGCAAGUGGCAAAGUACGCAUUUCAGGCGAAUUUCGUCGGAAGCGAUCUGCGCUAUCAGAAAGGUCUCAACUUGAUUAUGGUGAGAGGACAAAGGCCGGUUAUCCUGAAAGCUGGAAAAUUUAUAGAAAUUUCUCUCCCAACAUUCGUCUCGAUAAUUCGAGCGUCUUAUUCGGCUUUUAUGGUUUUGAGAAGCGUUAAUGAAAAAUGAGGCACAGGCCCAGGUACUGUGGGUUUUUACACGCAGCACAAUUCACAAUCUAAUCACCAAUAAUCCACUAUUGGCAAAAUGUUGGAACACAAACAAUCACGAGUGCAGUAAGGUAAUCAAAACAUAAGCAUAAAUUGAGCAAACAUUUACAUAAAAAAUGAUACCGAUUGCAAAUAAUAAAAGUUAAAGGCGUUUUUCAUAUACCUACGUUAUGUCAAUUUCAAAAACACAGAUUG